GCAGAGCGACAGGAGAACAUUAGGAGAUUAGUGUCCACAUGUCCCGGCAGCUCAGCCUCUGUCUGACUCCUCAAAGCUCUGCAGGUCUGCUCUGAAGGUUUUUAGUUCUCGCUGAAAGGAGCUGCUGUUCCACGCUCUCCUGCUUGUUGGUUUUAGUCCUCCAGGUUUGGAGUCUGGAAGCAGGAUGCCAGGAGACGGGUUCACCAUCAAGCGGCGCAUCAGGAACCUGCUGCGGUCUCCAUCAGUCAAGAAGAGCUGUAAAGAAAACCUUGGAAGCAAGGUAACAUUGGAAAAGGUGCUUGGAAUCACCACUCUGGGAAACAGCGGCCUAGCCUGCGAUCCUCGAUCUGGACUUGUGGCUUAUCCUGCAGGAUGUGCGGUGGUUUUACUGAACCCCAAAAAGAACAAACAGAGCCACAUAAUCAACAUGUCAAGAAAAACCAUCACGGCUCUAUCGUUCUCCCCUGAUGGCAAGUAUCUGGUCACAGGAGAGUGCGGUCACCUUCCAGCAGUGAGGCUGUGGGACCUCUCAGAGCGAUGUCAGGUGACGGAGCUCCAGAAACACAAAUUUGGCAUUUCCUGCGUGGCCUUUUCUCCUAACAACAAAUUCAUCGUCAGUGUGGGAAACCAGUAUGACAUGAUGGUCAACGUCUGGGCAUGGAAGAAAGAUGUCGUUGUUGCUGCCAACAAGGUGUCCAGUAAGGUGACGGGCGUGUCCUUCUCCGAGGACAGCUCCUACUUUGUGACAGCCGGGAACAGACACAUCCGGUUCUGGUAUCUGGACAACUGCAAGGACAACAAGGCCAGCACUCCCGUGCCUCUGCUGGGCCGAUCUGGGCUCCUUGGGGAGCUGAGGAACAACUUCUUCAGUGAUGUGGCCUGUGGGCGGGGCUCAAAAUCUGACUCCACCUACUGCAUCACCUCCUCGGGCCUGCUGUGUGAGUUCAACAACAAGAGGAUGAUCGAACAGUGGGUGGAUCUGCAGACCGGCGUGGCCCACUCUCUGUCCCUGUCUGAGGACCUGAUCUUCUGUGGCUGUGCCGAUGGGACGGUGCGAACCUUCAAGUCUGCUGACCUACACUUUGUCUGCACACUGCCAAAGCCCCAUCCCCUUGGCUCUAAUGUCACCGGCAUCACUGAGGCCAGCCAUCUUUGUAACACCAAGGCGAAUGGCUGUUACCCAGACUGCAUUGCUGUUCAGUAUGACCCCGUGAGCCGUUGGCUCAGCUGCGUGUACAACGACCACAGCUUGUACGUAUGGGACAUUAGAGAGGUGCAGCGGGUGAAGAAGGUGACCUCCGCCCUUUUUCAUGCUGCCUGUGUUUGGGAUCUGGAGAUGUUUCCAGAUGUUUCUGGAGAAUCGGUGGCUGGUCUGUCCUCAGGUGUGUUUCUUACCUGCUCAGCUGACAACACCAUAAGAAUGUGGUGCGUGGAACACCCGACACAACACCACGUUUAUUCCCAGAACCAUCUCAGCAACGAUCUCCUGAAUAUAAUGUACCUGGAUGGAAACACCAGCAGCUUGUUGGACCCAGGAUGCACCGCAAACAUGAGCACAGACAAGUCCGGUGAUGCACAGGCGGCAGAAAUCAGGACGGGGAUCAGGACUGUCUGUCUCCGUCCAGACGGCAAGCACCUGGCGUCUGGAGAUCGUAACGGGGUGCUGAGGGUUCAUGAUCUCAGCAGCAUGAAGGAGAUUCUGAAAGUGGAGGCUCACGAUGCUGAGAUCCUCUGCCUGGACUACAGCAAACCAGAAACAGGUCUGAGGCUGCUGGCCACAGCUAGCAGGGACCGUCUGAUCCACAUCCUGAACGCAGACGAUGACUACAGUCUGGUGCAGACGCUCGAUGAGCACUCUUCAUCCAUAACAGCUGUCCGCUUUGCUGCCCAUGACAACAAGGUGAAGAUAAUCAGCUGUGGGGCCGACAAGGGCAUCUACUUCCGCACCGCACACAAGACCAACAGAGGAACAGAGUUCAGGCGUUCUCACCACACAGUGAGAAAAACAACGCUUUAUGACAUGGCCGUGGAUGCCACCGGCAAGUACGCAGCUGUAGGCUGCCAGGACCGCUGCAUCAGGAUCUUCAACAUCAGCACUGGCAAGCAGAAGAAGGUCUUCAAAGGCUCACUGAGUGAUGAUGGCAGUCUCCUCAGGGUUCAGAUUGAUCCUUCGGGUCAAUAUGUGGCCACCAGCUGCUCCAGUAAAAACAUCAGCAUCUUCGACUUCUACAGUGGGGAGUGUGUCGCCACCAUGUUUGGACACUCUGAAAUUGUCACUGGGAUGAAGUUUACCAAUGACUGCAAGUAUUUAAUCUCUGUGUCAGGAGACAGUUGUGUCUUUGUGUGGCGACUUGCUCCAGAGCUGACUAUCACCAUGAGAGGGAGGCUGCAGCAGCUGGAACAGAACCAGAACUCAACACCCCGCCAGUCCCCCGUCGUCAGGAGGGAGGCGUACAGCGCUCCUGCUCUGGUCGGCUUUUCCUCUGACAGCGAGAGGGAGCAGGAGGAUGAGCAGGAGGAGAACGCUGACCCUGAUGAUGACAACAGCAACACUUUUUCUGACAGCAGCCAUGAAGAGGACACAGGCUCAGACGAGGAACAGGACUGGGAGCUGAGUAAGGUUGCUCCUGAUGCUGCCAAGCGACCACGGAGGCGUUGGUCCCAUCGGAUGGGCUCCUUGGAGCUGAUGGUCAAGUCUAUGCUGGACUUGAGACAACUGGACACUUUUGGUCACAAGAAGAACCUCACCCCUUCACCCGGUGACAGACGGAGCAUGUCCAGCAUCCAGGAGCCUCAGGUGGAGGAGAGAUGCAGGAGGCCUCGACUCUGGCUGUCUUCAGCCAGGGGCAUCAAGGACACGGAGGGGCAGACGCUGUUCCCGGAGGAAAACGAAGACAGCACCAGUCCAGAGGACAGUGAUUACACGGUGAAGGAGCAGCUCUGCAGCAGUCAGGGGAGAAGGAUCCGCAGCGAGAGUCAGGACAGCCGCAGCCCAGACAGCGCCUGCUCUCUGGGCUACGACAGCCGGGAGCCCAGCCCGGAUCAGGUCCUGGACGAUGUGGACUGCUCCAGUCAGGGCGGCUCUGAAGAGGAGCCGGCAGAGUGGGAGCCAGCGGUGGUGACGAGCAUAGACGAGGCUCUGAGGACAGUGAGCGACGGUCCAGACCACAGCCAGGAGGACUUCCUGCGGCAGAACUUUGAGACUCUGACAGAGAUCUGCAGCACAGCUGAGCAGAGCCGAGUCCCAAGGCUCAGCAUGUCUUCACGCUUCCUGGCCAAAGGACACAAUAACAGACCUCCAUCAGCCAGAGUACCCAGCAGCAGAUCUCCUAAUCCCCCAGUGUCAAAGGUACAACCGCUGACUCUAAGGAGCGAGUCAGAGGACGGGAUCCCCGUGUCCCUCGUCAGAACUGAGACGGUUCCAGAGAAAGAUCCUCCUCUUAAACCUCGACCUGUGAAGAAGAGGACCCCAGAGUCCCACCUGUGGAGAAUGUCCAACCCUCCACCCAAAGGCUCCCCCCUGCUGGACAGAACAGCCUGUAUGCAGAAGUCACAGUCUGCACUGAAUCUGGCUACAGCUCCGCGCUCACCUCUGCCCUCUAGUGUCCAAAAGGAGACUUGUCCAAGACCUCAGCAUCUCCUUCCCACAGACUCCCCCACCACCUCCACCCCCUCCUCUGUGUCCCCACACUCCCCCGUGACACCCCCACCAUGGGAGAGCCCCAAACUAAAGCAGCAGCACUCUUACAUGAAUCCCACCGCCAGCUCCAUGGCCAAGAGCAGCAGAUCCUCCUCUCUGGGGGACGAACUCCAGUCUGCAUCUCCUCCCCGCUCCCACUCCUUCCCUGAAAACAGGAGCUCAUCAGAGGAAAUGGAGCCUCCUGUGCUCUCCUCAUCUCCUGUCCUCACAUUCCCAUCAAAAGGCCCCUCUCUGGUUGCCACUCACCCCACUGCUGCAGUUUCACCAACCCGUCUGACCCAGAGCGCCCCAGCUUCUCGCAUCCCGCUCCUGAAGCAGCCCCUCAGCCCCCGAAGCAGCCUGUGUCUGGAAGUGAAACCGGGUCCUGGCUGCUCUGGAGUUGCUCUGAGGGCUUCAGCUUCCGCUGCAGAUGUUGGCUCAGAUGUUGGCUUAGAUGUUUCACCUUCUCCUGGAAAAGCUUCAGCCCGAUGCCGGCAGCUCUCUCUGACCUAUGAUCCCACCAGUUCCCUGAUCACGACGCAGCAAAGGAACUCCAUUUCUGAAAGUGCCAAGGAGGGGGGUCAGGAGGCUAAAGAGCGCCCUCUGGUACCUGAAGAGAACCAAACACAGAACCCACAAUCAGUCACCUUGGAAACCUGCAGGGAGAGCAUUACCAAUCUCCAUAUCAGUCUGAGGAAGACCAUUCUUCUGUUUACUACGAAUAAAAGCUGAACUCACUGACCUCCUGGGUCCAUCCGAUGCUGUCAACCAACUGUCGCUUUUUACCUGGAGACAAUCCAAAGACUAGUCUGUCGUACUGCUGAUGCUGUUUCAUUGGCUCCGGUACCGAAAGAGGGGUUCGAGGACCUGGCAUUCUGGAUCUGUACGGAGGUGUCAUUCUAAGGGUAUGUGUGGAGCGACAACAUGGCGUCUCAUGUGUUUAUGAAUCUCCUAAUCAAAGCUUAACGUGAAGACAUCACCUUCAUUUCCCACCAGAACUAAUCGUUUCUCCGGAUUUGCUGGUUCUGAGCACCAUUCCACGUUACACCAUUCUCCGUCUCAUCCACCUUAGUUACACCAUACAUUUAGUGUUAAAGUAGUCUAGUUUAAUUUGUUUAGUAAUAAAUCUUUUAACUUUUAAAACCUGACUCUCUCUUCUGUUGUCUCUGAGUGAAUACGAAGUGUUACAUAAUCCCUGCAAUAAAAAGUUCCAAUCUUCUGGUAAAACAGUACCCACAGAUCCAUAAGGCUGAUUUCUUAUUUACUAUGGAAUCUUAUGUCUCAUGGCUCAUUAAAUAACAUGUAAGUUAAAUCAUUACAAGAAUAAUAAAAACAAUUUGAAUCCUUCCCUCAAAUUAUCUUAGAUUGCAAACUGUUUCAAACUAGAGUCCAGGUGCUCAUCAGCUGAUUUACUGACUGUUUUCAUCUACAACAGCUACUGAAGCACGACCAAACCUCCUCUGAAGGUCGGCGAGAAAUGCUGAAUGUGGUGUCAGAAGCUCUGCUCACGGUGAAA